AGAAAAAAGAAAAAGAAAAGAAGGACAUCACAUAUCUAUAUAUAUUCAUCAAAUGUAAUAAUGCAAAACAGGAAGCAGGAAAAAGUUGGUGGAAGAUGCUCAGAACAAAAAGAAGAGGAGGAGGAAGAGGAGGAACCAGAAGCACCACCAUUAUUCACAGCAGAGGAGGAAAAAGUUUAAAGGCGUUGACUUGCCAAUUGGUGUUUUCUUUUGCUUUCACUGCUUCAGAUUGUGACUGUCAUGGUCUUCAAUUCACUCUCUUUUAUUUCAUCAAUCCCUUCUUCCCCUUUUUUUCUCGCUUCUCCUCCAUCUUUUGUUGUGUGCCUUUCGUUUUUUUCUCUCUCUAUAGUGGUAGGUGAAGCUCUCCCCCUCUCUCUCUGUCUCUCUCUUCCUUAUCUUUGCCUUCAUUGAUUGCUAUAUGGGCUUGUUUACUGUUCCCAAUUUUCUGAGGCUCUACUGGUACAGUUGGGUUUUCAGAACCUUUAGUUAAUAUUGUCACCGCUUGAGGCCAAAGACCUCAGCUCUUUGCAUCUCAUACACUCCAAUCUUUCUGGACUUUGUAAACAAUGGCUAGGGGGAAUUGGAGUUUCAAAGCCCAAAAUUUUUUCUACCUGCCACUCGUCCUUUGCUUCACAGCCGCCUUUGUUGAUUCUUUAAACGAAGAGGGCCAUUUUCUUUUGGAGUUUAAAAAAUCACUUUCUGACCCAAAUAACAAUCUUGGGAGUUGGACAAAUUCAUCUGAUUCAACUCCAUGCAAUUGGAUGGGUGUGUGGUGUAAUACUGAUUUCAAGGUAACUUCUUUGAUUCUCAAUGGGUUUAAUCUGUCAGGAACUUUGUCUCCUAGCAUUUGCAAUCUCUCCCACUUAGCUGAGUUGAAUGUGUCCAAAAAUUUCUUUUUUGGUCAGAUUCCUAAUGAUCUUGUUUACUGUCAAAAUCUAGAGAUUCUAGACCUUUGCACUAAUAGGUUUCAUGGAGAACUUCUGACCCCAAUUUGCAAUAUCACAAAACUUAGGAAGCUUUCCCUUUGUGAGAAUUAUAUGUAUGGAGAUAUGCCUGAGGAAAUUGGGAACUUAAAUUCACUUGAGGAGCUUGUCAUUUAUAGCAAUAAUCUCACUGGUAACAUUCCGGGAUCAAUUGGUAAGCUAAAACAGCUUAAGGUUAUCAGGGCAGGUAUAAACUUCCUCUCUGGUCCAAUACCUACAGAAAUCAGUGAGUGUGAGAGCUUAAAGGUUUUAGGAUUAGCGCAAAACAGGCUUGAAGGUUCACUUCCAGUGGAGCUUUUCAAGCUUCAGAAUCUUACUGACUUGAUCCUUUGGCAGAACCGUUUGUCCGGUUUCAUUCCUCCUGAGAUUGGAAAUCUAAGUAGCUUGGAGUUGCUUGCUUUGCAUGUAAAUUAUUUCAGUGGAUUAAUUCCCAAGGAACUUGGGAAGUUGUCCGAGUUACAAAGAUUGUAUAUAUAUACCAACAGGUUGAAUGGAACAAUUCCUCGGGAAUUAGGGAAUUGUACUAGCGCUGUUCAGAUUGAUCUUUCAGAAAAUCAGUUGAGUGGGUUUAUUCCCAAGGAGUUGGGUAACAUUUCUAAUCUUCAGUUGCUUCACCUAUUUGAGAACCUCCUGCAGGGAAGUAUCCCCGAGGAACUUGGGCGGUUGAAGCUGCUGGAGAACAUAGAUUUGUCCAUAAAUAAUUUUACAGGAACAAUCCCUUUGGAAUUUCAGAAUCUUAGAUAUUUGGUUGAUUUUCAACUCUUUGACAAUCAUCUUGAGGGUACAAUUCCUCCUGAACUUGGAGUUCACAGCAACCUUACAAUUCUUGACAUGUCUGCAAAUAAUCUUGUUGGAAGCAUACCUUCACAUCUUUGCAGGUACGGGAGAUUGAUAUUUCUAAGCCUUGGAUCGAAUAGGCUGUCGGGAAAAAUACCAUAUGGUCUUAAAACAUGCAAGUCUCUCACACAGCUAAUGUUAGGUGACAACGUGCUUACAGGAAAGCUCCCUGUUGAAUUAUAUAAGCUUCAUAAUCUUUCUGCUCUUGAACUCUAUCAGAACAGAUUCUUAGGGCCAAUACCUCCUGAGGUAGGCAGGCUUGGGAAUUUGGAAAGGCUAUUACUGGCAGACAACCAUUUUAUUGGGAAUAUUCCACAUGAGAUUGGCAAUCUAAUGAAGCUUGUGACGUUCAAUGUUUCUUCUAAUAAGCUAUCAGGAAGCAUUCCUCAUGAGUUGGGAAAUUGUAUUAAUCUGCAGAGGCUUGAUCUUAGUCGGAACCAGUUUACAAGCGAUCUCCCUGACAAUAUUGGAAAGCUUGUAAAACUGGAACUUUUGAAGCUUUCUGAUAACAAGUUGAGGGGAUCAAUACCAAGUGCCUUGGGGAGUCUGACCCGGCUCACAGAGUUACAGAUGGGGGGGAAUCAGUUUUCCGGUAGCAUUCCUGUUGAACUAGGCCAACUUACUGUUCUACAGAUUGCUCUCAACAUUAGCCAUAACAAUCUGUCCGGUCCAAUUCCUUCGAAUUUGGGGAACUUGCAGAUGUUGGAAUCCCUUUACUUGAAUGACAACCAGCUUGUUGGUGAAAUUCCUCCUUUGAUUGGUGAGCUUCCCAGCCUCUUGGUAUGCAAUGUCUCUAACAAUCAUUUGGUUGGUGCAGUACCGAAUAACACAGCAUUUCAUAAGAUGGACUCCUCAAACUUUGCUGGAAACAAUGGCUUGUGUAGAUUGGAUUCCUACAAUUGUCAUCCAUCUCUAACUUCAUCUACUACUCGGAAACGAAGCUGGAUAAAGCAGGGUUCGUCAAAAGAGAAGCUAGUGACUGUCAUCUCCAUUGUUGUUGGUUUAAUUUCUCUGUUUCUUAUAAUUGGUUUCUGCAGGGCUAUAAAAGGCCGUCAGCCUGCUUUUGUUGUGGUUGAUGAUCGUUCAAAGCCUGAUGUUUUAGAUAACUAUUACUUUCCCAAAGAUGGAUUUACGUACCAGGACCUUGUUGAAGCUACCAACAAUUUUUCAGAGAAUGCAGUUAUAGGAAGGGGAGCUUGUGGCACUGUGUACAAGGCAGUUAUGGCUGAUGGUGAAGUAAUUGCUGUCAAAAAGCUAAAGUCCCGCGGAGAAGGAGCGAGUGUUGAUAGCAGCUUCCGAGCUGAGAUAUCAACUCUUGGGAAGAUCAGGCAUCGAAAUAUUGUGAAGCUCCAUGGCUUUUGCUACCACCAGGAUUCGAAUCUUCUCCUGUACCAGUACAUGGAAAAUGGAAGCUUAGGAGAACAACUCCAUGGAGAUGGAACGAGUUUACUGGACUGGAAUGCUCGAUAUAAGAUUGCUCUUGGAGCAGCUGAGGGUUUGUGCUAUCUCCAUUAUGAUUGUAAACCCCAAAUCAUUCACCGUGACAUAAAGUCGAACAACAUUUUGUUGGAUGAAGUUCUUGAGGCACAUGUUGGAGAUUUCGGCUUGGCAAAAUUGAUUGACUUCCCUUGCUCGAAAUCCAUGUCUGCUGUUGCAGGCUCAUAUGGAUACAUCGCCCCAGAAUAUGCAUACACUAUGAAAGUGACAGAGAAAUGUGACAUCUAUAGUUUUGGGGUUGUUCUGUUGGAAUUGAUAACUGGAAGGUCUCCUGUUCAACCUCUGGAGCAAGGAGGAGAUUUGGUCACAUUGGUUAGAAGAUCAAUUAAAGAUGCAAUUCCAACAAUUGAUAUAUUUGACAAAAGGCUUGAUUUGAGUCUUCAAACAACAGUUAAUGAGAUGACUUUGUUUCUCAAAAUUGCAUUAUUCUGCACCAGCACAUCUCCAGUAAAUAGGCCAACAAUGAGGGAGGUUAUUGCCAUGAUGAUUGAUGCUAGGGAAGCUGUGAGCAAGUGUUCAUCUCCAACAUCCGAAAGUCCUUUAGAAGGAGAUGCUCAGUCGAGAGAUUGUGUGGAAUUCUGAGCUCCUUCUGAAUCGUGUUUGGACAAACAUGUUCUACUAAAUAUUCUUCCAAUUCGAUCGAGGAAAUAAAAAGUCCUUCUCCUUGAUCUUCUUUAGACUAACCAUGCAUUUUGCUCUGCCUAAAUUGGAUUCAGUAAGAUUUAAUUACAACCAUGGUAUAAUAUUUAUAGUCAUAAUUGUGUAGCAAACUCAUCAUUUUGAUUCAAAAUCUUACUUAAAGAUCUUAUUAAGCAUCUUUUUAAUUUCUCUAAAUAAUAUAUAGAAUCAUACUUUUUC